AUGUUACCCGAAGGAAGCAUGAGGCCAGGCUGCCGAAACCUAGAUAGGAGCAGUCGAGAUGCAGAAGGUGAGUUUAAAGCAUGGACCUCUCGGUCACUUUAUGCAGGCAUGGAAGCCCCAGUAACUCCAGUGGAGCUUGGCAAUCGGAUGAACACUGGAACCCUUGCUCAGUCAAGGACAAACCCUUAUGCGCCUCGAACUCGAGUUACUGCCCGGUCUUCAAAAAGUACCGCUAAUGGAGAGCCGGAGGUAGAUGAGCUGCUUCCCGGAUUUGUUCAGCCUGGACAGUUAGCGUGCGCAGACAUUGUUCUUACCUCGUAUUCUGUGGUUCAGCGUGAGCUCGACUGGGCUGAAGUUGUCGCCGAACGCCAAGCGGGCCUGGGCGACCGUCCACGGCUACGCUUAGCCCAGAGAUAUCUAUGUCGCCCAAGCCCCUUGACAUGUGUCCGUUGGUGGAGAGUCUGUCUCGACGAAGCGCAAAUGGUUGAACGUGUCACAUCGAAAACUGCCCGCAUGAUGUCACGGAUUGAUGCUGUGCAUCGAUGGUGUAUCACCGGAACUCCAGCCGAGAAAAGCAUCGAUGAUCUGUACGGGUUAUUCUCCUUCCUUCGGUUUGAGCCGUUUUCCAUCUCGCACUAUUGGCAUAGUCUGUUGUAUCAACCGUUUCUGUCAUCCACUGCUCCAUCAUGGCAAGCCACCAUGCCCAAGGUCGACAGUGUGCCAGAUCCCUCACCUUCAGCUGUGUCAUCCACUAUGUUGGCUUUGAUGUUGAGUCAGAUUUUGUGGAGAAAUACCAAGGCGCUUGUCGGCAAUCAACUCUCACUUCCGCCUAUUACGGAAGAGGUUCAUUGGAUAUCAUUCACGCCCGUGGAGCGCUACAUACAUGAUCGCGUGUUGGCCCAAUCCGCUGGUGCGCUUCAACGACUCUCGCAUACAUUGUCCAUCUCUCCAGACCAGCCCCUGGCUACUUUGCCUGGAACAGCUCAUUGGCGCCUAGUUUACCUCAUCACUCGAUUGCGACAAGCUUGUACACAUGCUAGCUUGGUGGUCGGUACCGGACCUAUCAGCAGGCAUCGACAACGUCCAACACAGAGGGGGCAGCGUCUAGGCCAUGGUGGGGACACCAGUUAUGGAGACGCAAGUCAUAGCGAAGAAGAAUGUGAUCUAUACGACCCGGGAUCUACUCGUAAUCGGAAUGUCAAGAAUUGUGAUGGUCCAAGCGUUGCCGCAGCUCGUGCUCAUCCACCCUUUCGGUGCCUGACUGCCACGCCACCAGAAGGAAGCACGAGGACUCGGAUAUUGUCAGGUUGCCCAAGCCUAGACAGGAGAAGUCGAGAGGCAGGGGUCGGGUUCGAACCACGAAUCUUCCGAUGUUUCACGAUGACUGAAGUAAUUCGUCGAGUGGUGGAUGACACAAGACGUGAAUGUGAGGGGUUAUUACGUUCCUGGGUGUUCAACAAGAACGGCGCAGCUGGUUGUUUUAUCAUCAAACAGCAGUUUGACCUGGCAGCAGACUGCUAUCGUGACGUGUUACGCACUGCGAAUGACUAUGAAAAGCGUCACGGGGUCUUGGCGGAUUGGAGCCAGCGACUGCACGCAAUUACAAAUCUCCACUGGCUUAUACAAUCUCGUGGGGUUCCUUUGGAAAAUCUCCCACUCCCCUCCAUGAGCACUGGGGGGUCGCUGGAUCCGUCAUCUUCUGAAGACGCUGAGAACGAACUGGAUCCUCGUGUCGAUCGUGAUCUUCUUCGCAAAGCAGAACGUCUACGCAAAACCUACAUACAGAUGCACUCGCGCUUAUUGGCUCGAAUGCAUGACCACCUGGCUCCAGUUGUCGUUGAACUUGAUACCGAACUGGUUGAGCCCCUAGAUGCAGAUGAAUUGACUGAAAAGCCAGUGAUUUCUUACGGAUCCAGUUGGUUAUCUUGGUUGUCUGAUGCCAUGAAUUUCCUAAUCUCUUGCGGUGUUGGGGCGAAUUUGGUCGAUAUGCUGGUGAGUAGCUUUCAGGGAAAACCGGGUUCCAACCGAAGCGGUUUUCGCACGACACUGUUGCAUGCGAACUCGGCUGAGACCUUCAAAGCCAUGCUUUUGUCCGAAGUGAUGGGUGUGUUCGAAGCACGCAAACGUCUACAGAAAGCAAUGCAUCCUCUUACUUCUACAUGGAGGUCAUUUUUGGCUGGGAAAGAGGCAGAUCCCAGGAUACUGCAACCGUUUUACGCGUGUUGUGCACGAAACGCCCAAGAAUCGGAAGAGGCCGAAAGCAAAACCUCCUCAAGUUCCAACAAAAAACAGAACAAGGCUAAAGAACUGAAAGACCUCUCUGUCUCUGCAACACGCCCGGUGCAGAAAAAUACGAAGUGUGCCUACUGUAUUGCCCUUCGUGCUCUCAGUAAUUAUCAGUGUGCGUUAAAUCACGAGCGUCUGAAAGCCGGUCAUCGGACAAUGGUCGAACAGCUCGAGCGCCUGGACACCCAGGAUGCACUAGAUGAGAGUGGGACUGGUCUGGUCAUGGGUAAUCCACUGAUUGUUUCGCUGUCUAUCGUGUGUCACCAAAUCAUCCGUACGGUUCCAUCGGUCGUACAGUUGAAUGCCGAGGUAUCAGACUGGCCACAACGCGCAAAACGUUUCGAACAGCUGUUUCGUCAAAUGGGCAAGGAGGUCUUGUUAACUAGCCGAACUGUGUCGCUUACCAAAGAAUGGUGGAAUAUUCAUGAUGAUACCGAACAGUUCGUUGUUCGCCUCCAGGCCACCUGUUCAACGGACCUUGCGUUCAUUCACGAGCACGAGGUGGAUGCUCAGCUACGUUCAUACACGGUGGACGCGGGGCUCGUGUGGCCUCGUCUUCAAUCUCGUCUUGGGCAUUUUGGUUUCUUACGCAACGCGUACUUGACCGCAGUUACCGGGAGCGAUGGGCCUGCGGAAUCAGACAAUACGAAGAAAACUGACAGAACGUUCAGGAUGGAGUGUCCCACUUGUCUGCAAAUGCAUUCACCCCAGAAUCCAACUUUUGUACUACUUCCCGGCUGCUGGCAUACUCUGUGUAUCACGUGUCAUGAUAGGAUCGCUAACCAGGGUCAAGUUGUACAACGACGUUGUCCUGUUUGUCGUGCUCCUUUUCAGUCGAACGAAACAACCGGAUUUAACGCACGGCGUCGGCGUCCACUCACAUUGAUUCAUUAUUCAGGGGAAACUAAUACUGCUUCUAUCGCAGCCGACGAUCAACACUCAGACGGAAUUCAAUUUUCUGUCGUGGGUGACCACAGCUCAAAAGUCAAAGCUGUUAUCCGGUGCUUGAAACAAAUAAAACUUGAUGAUCCCGAUGCCAAGGCUAUCGUAUUCAGUUCGUGGCUUUCGGUUCUUGUUACAAUCGCUGGUGCACUGGAACAAAAUGGGUUAUCAUAUACUACUCUGUUUCAUCCACGCGAUGCAUGUUGUCCUGGACGACUGACCGGAUUUCACUGUUUCGGUUCUGCCACUUGGAUUCUCCUUAUGCCCAUUCAACUGGGAUCCAAUGGAUUGAAUUUGACCAGCGCCAACCACUUGCUUCUGGUUGAUCCUGUCCUCUCCCACGGUAGAGAAGCUCAAGCCAUCGCCCUUCAUCGCUUUCUUGUGAAAGACAGCAUUGAAGCCGCUCUCCACAUGACCCACGUACGAGCACAAGCUAACUCAAUGACCUCAGAUGCAACCUGGGAUACAAUCACCUCAACUGAAUGCAUGAUCGGAGCGGGUGCCAAACGUACUAGUUCCAGGACCUCUGGGCUAGCAGGUCCUGGAGAAGAUCGGGCUCACUUGAUGCAAAUGACUCUGGGUCAGUUGGCAGAUUUACUUCGUGUCGAAUCGAACUCUGGCAUGUUUGCUGAGGAACUUAAUUGGGCUCAGCCUAUCUCCCUUGGAACUGAUUGA